GAAGAAGCUCGAGAGGGAGAGAGAGAGAUGGCUCGUACCAAGCAAACUGCUCGUAAGUCCACGGGAGGAAAGGCUCCUAGGAAGCAACUCGCGACCAAGGCUGCCCGCAAGUCUGCCCCAACCACUGGUGGUGUGAAGAAGCCUCAUCGUUACCGCCCUGGUACCGUCGCCCUUCGUGAAAUUCGAAAGUACCAGAAGAGCACUGAGCUUUUGAUCAGGAAACUCCCAUUCCAGAGGCUGGUCAGAGAAAUUGCCCAGGACUUCAAGACUGAUCUGCGUUUCCAGAGCCAUGCUGUGCUGGCACUGCAGGAGGCCGCGGAGGCCUACCUUGUGGGUCUGUUUGAAGACACUAACCUCUGUGCAAUCCAUGCUAAGCGUGUUACAAUCAUGCCCAAGGAUAUUCAACUCGCCAGGAGAAUCAGGGGUGAGCGUGCUUAAUUGGAAGGUGAUGGAGCCCCGUAGUUGUUGAUGGUGGUGUUCUUUAUAAGUGUUUAGAUUUAGGUCCUUAGGCAGAGGUAGUGCAAGGAUUAGAACUAUAUGAUGCUUGGUAAUGGUGGUGUGCAGUUAUCAAGGUGGUGUUUUUUUUUUGUGAUGGAGGAUUUCAAUUUGGUAUAUUUCUAGUCAAUUGUGUUCCUUUUCAAAUGGUACUUCAUACUAAUGUGUGAACAUCUUUAAUCAUCUAAUGUAGGUCUGUCUCAUUCC